AUGUCCAAGAAGGGCUCCAGCAGCCGAGCCAGGGGGGAGAAGCCGGACGCCUUGGCCGCCUUGCAGGCUGCCAAUGAGGAGCUCAGGGCCAAGCUCACCGACAUCCAGAUAGAGCUCCAGCAAGAAAAGAGUAAGGUCAGCAAGUUGGAAAGAGAGAAAAAUCAGGAAGUUAAGCAGAUCAAAGAGCACGAACAGCAUAAAAGUACAGUGGUGGUAACAGAGCUCAAAGUCAAACUUCAUGAAGAGAAAAUGAAGGAGCUCCAAGCUGUUCGAGAAGCACUUUUGAGACAGCAUGAAGCUGAACUACUUAGAGUAAUAAAAAUUAAAGAUAAUGAAAUCCAGAGACUACAGACCCUGCUCAAUGCUGUACGUGAUGGCGCUCCUGACAAGGUGAAAACGGUGCUGCUCACAGAGGCGAAGGAGGAGGCCAAGAAAGGGUUUGAAGUUGAGAAAAUAAAAAUGCAGCAAGAAAUUUCAGAGCUGAAGGGGGCUAAGAAACAAGUGGAAGAAGCUUUAACUAUGGUCAUCCAAGCUGACAAAAUUAAAGCAGCAGAGAUCAGGAGUGUGUAUCACCUGCAUCAAGAGGAAAUCAACAGAAUUAAGCGGGAGUGUGAGAGAGAAAUUCGUAGACUGAUGGAGGAGAUUAAAUUUAAAGACAGAGCAGUCUACGUGCUGGAGAGAGAGUUAGGGGUUCAAGCCGGGCAUGCUCAGAGACUGCAGCUCCAAAAGGAGGCUUUAGAUGAACAACUUUCCCAGAUCAAAGAGUCUGAUCGGCAUCUGAGCAGCCCCAAGCGGGAACUUCCUUAUGCAAGUGGUGCAGGAGACGCUUCAGAUCAUUCGGGAAGCCCCGAACAGCAGUUGGAUGAAAAGGAUGCCCGGCGUUUCCAACUUAAAAUUGCUGAGCUGAGUGCCAUCAUCAGGAAGUUGGAGGACCGGAACGCGCUGCUGUCGGAGGAGAGGAACGAGCUGUUAAAACGUCUUAGAGAAGCUGAAAGUCAGUAUAAGCCCAUUUUGGACAAAAAUAAACGCCUUAGUAGGAAGAAUGAAGAAUUGUCACAUGCCUUACGACGAAUGGAAAAUAAAUUAAAAUUUGUAACACAAGAAAAUAUAGCAAUGAGACAAAGAGCUGGAACAAUAAGGAGACCGAGCUCUUUGAAUGACCUUGACCACAGCCAGGAGGAAAGAGAAGUUGAUUUCCUGAGGCUACAAGUUAUUGAACAGCAAAACAUCAUUGAUGAACUCUCCAAGACCCUGGAAACUGCUGGCUAUGUGAAGAGUGUCAUGGAACGUGAUAAGCUGUUAAGGUAUAGGAAGCAAAGAAAAAAAAUGACAAGAAUUCCCAAGAAGCCGGUUGUGGAGACGUUCUUCGGCUACGAUGAAGAAGCUUCCUUGGAGUCUGAUGGUUCCUCUAUCUCGUAUCAAACUGACCGGACAGAUCAAACCCCUUGCACUCCUGAAGAUGACUUGGAAGAGGGCAUGGCCAAGGAAGAGACAGAACUGCGGUUUCGGCAGCUGACAAUGGAGUACCAGGCUCUGCAACGAGCGUACGCCCUAUUGCAAGAACAGGUCGGAGGAACAUUGGAUGCAGAACGAGAAGUUAAGACGCGUGAGCAGCUCCAAGCAGAAAUACACCGCUCUCAGGCUCAGAUAGAAGACCUGGAGAAGGCCCUCGCUGAGCAGGGGCAGGACAUGAAAUGGAUUGAGGAGAAGCAAGCAUUGUAUAGAAGAAAUCAAGAACUGGUAGAAAAGAUAAAACAAAUGGAAGCUGAGGAAGCUCGCUUGAAACAUGAUGUCCAGGACGCGAAGGAUCAAAACGAGCUUCUGGAGUUCAGGAUCCUGGAGCUUGAAGAGAGAGAAAGACGGUCGCCUGCCAUCAACUUCCAUCACGGUCCUUUUACAGAGGGGAAAAGCCCUCUGCAGGUCUACUGCGAGGCAGAAGGUGUAACGGACAUAGUAGUAGCAGAGCUGAUGAAAAAAUUGGACAUUUUAGGGGAUAACGCCAAUCUGAGCAACGAAGAGCAAGUAGUCAUCAUACAAGCAAGGACAGUUCUCACGUUGGCUGAAAAGUGGCUACAGCAGAUAGAAGUGACGGAGUCUGCGCUGCAGCAGAAGAUGCUGGAUCUUGAGAAUGAAAAGGAGCUGUUCAGCAAGCAGAAGGGUUACCUGGAUGAUGAGCUCGACUUCAGGAAACAGUCCUUGGACCAAGCUCACAAGCAAAUUCUGGAAUUAGAAGCCAUGCUCUAUGAUGCCCUGCAGCAAGAAGCUGGAGCCAAAAUUUCCGAACUUCUUUCAGAAGAGGAGAAAGAGAAACUGAAGAGCGCCGUAGAGCAAUGGAAGCGGCAGGUGAUGAGCGAGCUCCGGGAGAGGGACGCCCAAAUCCUGCGAGAAAGGAUGGAGCUCAUUCAACAUGCACAGCAGAGAAUUAAAGAGCUAGAAGAAAGAAUUGAAGGCCAAAAAAGACAAAUAAAAGAGUUAGAGGAAAAGUUUUUAUUUUUGUUCUUAUUUUUCUCUUUAGCUUUCAUUCUUUGGUCAUAG